AUGGCCCCAAAAGCUGAAAAGAAACCUGCCGCUAAGAUCCCAGCCGAGAAGAAGCCAGCUGCUAAGAAGACUGCCUCCUCCACCGAUGGCCCAAAGAAGAGAUCUAAGACCAGAAAGGAGACUUACUCUUCUUACAUCUACAAGGUGUUGAAGCAGACCCACCCAGACACCGGUAUUUCCCAGAAGGCCAUGUCCAUCAUGAACUCUUUCGUCAACGAUAUCUUUGAGAGAAUCGCCACCGAAGCCUCCAAGUUGGCUGCCUACAACAAGAAGUCCACCAUCUCUGCCAGAGAAAUCCAGACCGCCGUCAGAUUGAUCUUGCCAGGUGAGUUGGCCAAGCACGCCGUCUCCGAAGGUACCAGAGCCGUCACCAAGUACUCUUCCUCCUCCGCUUAAGUUCGGACCAUGGUUGAUAUGUAACAUACUUCGCGGUAAU